AUGCCCAAGAAGAAGCCGACGCCCAUCCAGCUGAACCCGGCCCCCGACGGCUCCGCGGUUAACGGGACCAGCUCGGCGGACUCACUGAUCUUCUCGAAGUCGUCAUCCUUCAAUUCCCCGACCUUCUGCUUCUGGGAUGGGGGUUCCUUGGAUCAAGUCCUGAAGAAAGCUGGAAGAAUUCCUGAACAAAUUUUAGGAAAAGUUAGCAUUGCUGUAAUAAAAGGUCUGACAUACCUGAGGGAGAAGCACAAGAUUAUGCACAGAGAUGUCAAGCCUUCCAACAUCCUAGUGAACUCUCGUGGGGAGAUCAAGCUCUGUGACUUUGGGGUCAGCGGGCAGCUCAUCGACUCCAUGGCCAACUCCUUCGUGGGCACAAGGUCCUACAUGUCGCCAGAAAGACUCCAGGGGACUCAUUACUCCGUGCAGUCGGACAUCUGGAGCAUGGGGCUAUCUCUGGUUGAGAUGGCAGUCGGGAGGUAUCCCAUCCCUCCUCCCGAUGCCAAGGAGCUGGAGCUGAUGUUUGGGUGCCAAGUGGAGGGAGAUGCGGCUGAGACGCCACCCAGGCCGAGGACCCCUGGAAGGCCCCUCAGCUCGUAUGGAAUGGACAGCCGACCUCCCAUGGCAAUUUUUGAGUUGUUGGAUUACAUAGUCAACGAGCCUCCUCCCAAGCUGCCCAGUGGAGUAUUCAGUCUGGAAUUUCAAGAUUUUGUGAAUAAAUGCCUCAUAAAAAACCCAGCAGAGAGAGCAGAUCUGAAACAACUCAUGGUUCAUGCCUUUAUCAAGAGAUCUGAUGGUGAGGAAGUGGAUUUUGCAGGUUGGCUCUGCUCCACCAUCGGCCUUAACCAGCCCAGUACACCGACCCACGCGGCCGGCGUCUAAGUAUCUGGGAAGCAGCAA